UUUUCCUCAUUUUACCUGUGAUGAAAGUGGGGCUUAGAGAGACUGAGUGAGUUGCCCAAAGUUGCCCAGUGUUGCUGAACCCAAAGGACCCUGAUGUGUGUCUUCCAAAUUGGCCAAUUCCAUGAACCUCGUGUCUCACAUCCUGUCACUCUUCUGAAAAUUUACCCAUUAGCAGCAGAGCACGAGAAAGGCCCAGGAGCUAAGCAGACCAAACAAAGCCUCCUCCUUGGGAGAUGGGGAGGGGGUGAGGCUCUAGCGAGUUCUGUCUUCACACUGGCUCUUUCAGACAUCCCAUCCUCGAAGCAAUCCAGGAACAUGGCUGAGGAGCUGAGCAAAGCUGCGGAGAUCAUGGGCAAAGGCAAGAAUGGGGUCGGCUUUGGCAAAGUGGACAUCACCAUCAAGAAAGAACUUCAGAAGGAGUUUGACAUUAAGACAACCCCAGAUUUGAAGCUGUUUUUUGAGGGCAACAGAUCGGAGCCCAUCAGCUGCAAAGGAAUGGAUGAAUCUACUGCUUUGGUCAUUUGGUUGAGGAGACAAAUUAGCCAGAAAGCAUUUUUGUUCACUGAUACCCAGCAGGUAGUCAAGUUUGUGAAAUCCAGGCCCUUCAGCACUGGUUUCUUCCAGGAUUUAGAAGAAGAAGUAGCAGAGUUGUUCUACGAUGUGAUCAAAGACUUCCCAGAGCUAACAUUUGGAGUGACAUCAAUUAGCAAUGCCAUUGGGCGUUUCCACAUCACCCUAGACAGUGUUCUGCUGUUUAAAAAGGGAAAAAUUGUGAAAUGCCAGGAGCUUAUUUAUGACACUACUAACAAACAAGUCCUCAGUCAAGUCACAAAACAGCACCUCACAAAUUUUGUUGUUGAAUACAACACUGAGAAUAAGGAUCUGAUUUAUUAUUUGAAUAUCCUGAAUCACAUGCUGCUCUUCAUCUCCAAGUCAUUUGGUACGAUAAUGCAGCUGAAAGAAUUCCAAAACAAGAUCCUUUUCAUCCUUGUGGAUGCAGAUGAACCCACAAACAGACAUGUCUUCAAACACUUCCGGAUCACAGAGGUCAGUAUCCCAUCUGUCCAGAUCUUAAACUUAAGCUCUGAAGUGAGGUACAAAAUGCCUUCCAAGGAGAUAAACUACAAAAACUUCAAGAAAUUCAGCUGCAGCUUCCUGAAUAAAAGUGCCAAGAACCAUCAAUCCAGUGAAGAGAUUCCAAAAUACUGGGACCAGGGGACGGUUAAGCAGCUUGUUGGGAAGAACUUCAAUGUCAUCACCAAGGAAAGGGACGUAUUUGUGAUGUUCUAUGCACCCUGGUCUGAAAAGUGCAGGGCGCUGUUCCCAGUGUUGGAGGAGUUGGGCAGAAAAUAUCAAAACCACCCCACAGUCACCAUCGCCAAGAUCGACAUCACGGCAAAUGAUAUUCAGCUGAUGAACCUGGACUGGUACCCCUUCUUCAGGCUCUUCCCCACCGACUCUCAACAAGCUGUACCGUAUAAGGGAGAACACACCAUGAAGGGCUUUUCAGACUUCCUGGAAAGUCAAAGGAAGACCAGGAUUGAGGAUGAAGAUGAGCUAUUGUCUAUUGAACAAAGUGAAGUGAUAGAAGAGGAGGUAUUAGCUGAGGAAGAAGUGGUACCUUUUAUGCAGAAAGAGUUACCUGAGCAGAAGCUGCCUGAGCUGGAGAAUGGGAUCAAGCCGGAAGAGCCAGCUGAACAGAAGGAAACAGCUCAGAAGGAGGAAAGGGUGGCUAAGCCAAAAGGACCUCCAAGACAAGAGAAGAAACCAAGAGUCAAGGAAGAACUGUAGCUUUUCCAAAGCCAGGAGGGAAAGUGCCCAUUUUCCAGGUCCUGGUAUCAUUUUCUAAGUGGAGCUACUCCAAUAAAAUUAUAUAUCAUUGUGGUGGGUGGGUGGGGGCUGGAUAAUAAUAGCCCCUGAGUGUCGUCAGCCCUGUUUUAUUCAUUCCCACUUUUUCCUGGUUGGUGCUGCAUUAGAAGAGCUGUUUGGCCUGGAAUUCAGACACAACUACAAGGGAAGCCAUAAUAGCCACAUUUGAUGAGUAUUUACAAUAGGCUGGGCAUUCAUCUAGUUCUCACAACAUCACUGGGAGCUAGGUUUCAUUAUCCCCAUUUUACAGAUGAGGAAAGUGAGGCAAAGAGAGGUUAAGCAACCAGUCAGGAUCACACAGCUAGAAAGCCCUUGAGAGAUAAUCCUAGGCAAUCUCACUUCAGAGACUGCAUUUAACCACUAUGCACACCACCUCCACCAUG